UAUUUCUAGAUAGCAGCAUGCCUCGAUCUACUUUUUUAUAUCUAUACAAAAUGACGCACAUCUUGGGUCGUGAGAAAAUUUGUUGCGAAUUCAUGCCCGCUGAAGAGGAAAAAGACUCUUUAUUCGAUAUUCAGAAAUACAAUGGACCAAGAAACAGUCGCGACGAGCCCCAUGGAGAAGGUAAAGCCAAACUGGUCAACGGAAGCCGUUACGAGGGUUCUUUUCGAAGAGGACUUCCACACGGAAAAGGUCGACUGUUUGUGAGGGAUGGCUAUCACUACGCAGGUCACUGGCGCAAAGGACUUAAGCAUGGAAUGGGUCGUAUGCAUUAUCCGGAUUGUACCUGGUAUGAGGGGGAGUUCCGCAAGGAUGUACGGCAUGGCUGUGGAACAUAUUAUUACUCGAAUGGAGCACGCUACCAGGGAAAUUGGUUAGCAGACAAUCGACAUGGAGUUGGUUGUUACUUUUUCAGUGACGGCGAUAUCACAUUGAAAGGAACCUGGUUGGAAGGAAUGGCACGAGGACCUGCCGAAGCGAUUUUGGAUGGAUGUCGAUUUCAUGGAUAUUGGGACGGGGAUUUUCCACGAGGACCAGGAUAUUUCAGUUUUGGUGCGAAAGCGAUGGUUAAAGGAAGGUUUUAUGAGGAGGAGAGGGAAGGAAACGAAACGAAGAUGCUUAUUUGGCGUCCCGAAGCGUUUGAGAAUUAUGAAUAUUCCAAGCUGCCGCUGGAACCAUUGCCCUUGCCAGUCGAUGAGUCGGAAAUUUCGCAAACCAGUUCAUCUGAUGACGAAGAAUGUGUUUCACAGGAUUCACAAAACUUUUCUAUUAUGUUGAGCGAUUAAAUUGUCGCAUUUUAUUAAUUUUUAAUCCUAAACU